GUCCCAGCCUGCUCCGCGGCCACGCAUGCUUCCUAACCGGCUCCCUGGGGCGCUUUCCAGCCCGCUGCCUCAGGGCUUCCCAGCCCGCUCCGGCCGGGAUCGGGCUGGCCGAGCCCCAUGGGGUGAAGGGCGGAUGGCGGCGGCCGCGCUCCAGGAUGGAACAAGUGGUGUUUGGUAUUUCCUGCACUGGACUGGGCAGACUGGAUUCAGAAAGCACAGAGGCUCAACACUGAGGCCUAGACUAUAGAUGUUGCCUACUGGAGUAAGGCACGUGCAGUGGAAAAAAAAUGUUCUCCUAGUCCCAGGGGACGUUUGAUUCUGAUUACUGGUGAGCUUUUUAAAGAAGAACUGACGAUACAAAGGACAAUGCACAGUGUGUGUCCUGAUGACAUUUUGUGUGCUGCAACAUGGUUCUUGUCAUGGCAUCUGAGACUGAAAAGGCCCAUGCUCUUCUCCAGACUUUCAGCACAGCGUCAGUUCUUUCCAGUCUAGGUUUGGGGAUAUUCUGCUUUGUAGCAGACAGACUCCUGCAGUUUUCCUUCAUUCAGCAAAAUGACUGGCUCCGAGCCUUAUCUGAUAAUGCAGUGCAUGGUAUACUGGGGAUGUGGUCCUGGGCAAUAGUGGUUGGACUCAGGAAGAAAAGUGACUUCACUGAGGUCACCCUGGCUGGCUUCCUUGCCUCUGUCAUUGAUGUGGACCACUUCUUUCUUGCUGGAUCUCUGUCAUUAAAGGCUGCUCUGACUCUUCCACGGAGACCACUUCUUCAUUGUUCUACUGUGAUUCCUGUGGUGGCUCUGACAUUAAAGUUUAUCAUGCAGCUUUUCAGGCUUAAGGACUCAUGGUGCUUUCUUCCCUGGAUGUUGUUCAUAUCCUGGACUUCUCAUCAUGUCCGUGACGGGAUUCGUCAUGGCCUCUGGAUCUGCCCAUUUGGAAAAACUCCUCCCUUGCCAUAUUGGCUGUAUGUGGCAAUUACAGCAUCUUUACCUCAUCUAUGUUCAUUUAUUAUGUAUUUAACGGGCACUAGAGAAUUAAUGUCCAUAAAACAUGGAAUCCGCAUUGACGUAUAGGAAUAAUGGCUUUUAAAGGCGGUUUGUGCAAGCACUUGAAAUAACCUGCCUGUCUGUCACUGAAGGGUUUCCUUGUGUUUCCUACACCUUCUGCAUUAGACAUUUUAAGGUUGUGGAGCCAAUUACAGCUCUUGUGUCAAUUCCUUGUGGUCACAGAACCUAUUUAAUGAAUGAUAAUAAUUUUAUAUCUGUACAUUUCCCUUGUACAGUGUGUGGUCUUCCAUGAUAGUUCAUGCAUAGCGAGCUGAUUAUGAAGUAUUUAGUUUCUCUCUGUAGUAAUUAAAUUACAUUUUACAUUACAUUUUACACCAUUCACUUUGGAUUUGUAUUCUGUCUCUGGAGAAUACAUUUCAUCCAGAUAGUAUUUGUAUAGCACUUUAAAAAUGUGAAGUUCUAUAUAAAUGCUAGGUAUUAUUGAGGAUUUAAUAGUGUAUGGCAAUUCUACAAAAAUCUCUGUUAGCCUUUCUAAUUUAUUAAUAUGUUAAGAGUCCUGCUGGAUUUUUGCAUUCAACCAUUUUAAAAGAAACACCACCUCUAUUCUCACUGCCUAUCCACACCUCUUUCCACCUGUAAUCACAGAGUGUUUUACUAAAUUCUGCAUCUCCCUGUAAUUGCUUGGUACUAAAUUUUCAGAUAAUUACUAGCCUCAAAAUUAGAAAGGAGUAGACAGAUUGAUAGUGAUAUUAUGGUGUGUUGGCCAAUUUGUUUAAUUUUUAAAAAUACAGUAAUUAUUAAUACUGUUUGAUUUGAAACUAAGGAAUUUUAGUAAAUAUUUAAGAAUUGUGUGAAGAUGCAGGGAGACACAAGAAAAUAAAAAUUGCUUGUAACACAGGUUUGCUUAAAGACAUUACUACUCAGUAAAGGAUUUUCCAUUAAGUGCAAUAUAAUCCUCAUAAGUGUAAAAUAAUGCAUUAUUAUUAUUGUUAUUAUUAUUAUACUACAGAAAUAUAAAUUUCCUCAUAAAGAAGAUCCAUAAGGAGAAGUGUUACUAUGCUGCAGUUUAUGAGGUAGUAAUUUGCACUAUGGACUAUUCAGUUUUCAUUUAUAGACAUCUCUCAGAAAGAGUCUCAAAUUAAAAGUUGUCUGGUCUUGUCUAACUAGACAAGACUGUCUAGACUUGUGUAGUUUAUGAUGUACAAGCUGAGAAUGUCUAUUAACAAUUUUUAAAUUUUUUAUUCACUGCCCAUUAAAGAGAUGGGGCCUUAACUACUCCAGCUUGUGAUGAAUAGCUGUCAAAGGGGAUCAUUUUUAUGGAACUGCAUGUAUAAGGUAGCAUGUGUUUAACUUAGGUUACCAAGGGGUGUAAGGGUUUACAUGAUGUGUACAUUUAGAUUAUUAAAUGUAUAUUAGAAUAAAGUUUAAAAAAAAAUAUUAAAUGGGAUGCCUGUCAUAAUGAGUACCAGAUGCUUUUUCUGUGGCUGCAGAAUCUGUAAGGCCGUAAGGCUCUUUGCAGCACUUUAUGCUAAUCAUGGAAAGUGUUGGACCUCUUUAAAAUGUGUCUUUGCACCAAAAGAAUAGUCCCUGUCCUGUCUGUUUGUCAUGUUAGAAAUGUAUGCCAAUGCAAACUUGCCUGAUAGUACAGUGAGCCUGUCUAGCCUUUAUUAUAAAAUGAAUAAAAGGUUUCUUUGUUGGAAAGAA